AUGAGGUCCACAGCAACAAGGCUCCAACAGUCGAUGCUGUCCCGCGUAGUCUCAGAAUACUCCCGCGAAGCAAAGCCCGCCGCCGCCGCCGCCAAAGCCACCAAACGUGCAACAGCCAUCUCACUCAGUCCGCGGGAGCUCUACAAGCGCAUUGGGAAAUGCCUCGCCUUUGGCUGCAAUCCCGACCAGACCCAACGCGCGGCCAGUCUGCUGAGAGCCAUCAACAACGACUGGCGUAAUCUCCACGCGGUCUCGCAGGGCUUCUACGACCCCAAGAACUCGGCAUACACUACCAGACUGCGAGAUGGCGAGCCGAGCCAUCGUCCAUGGCUAUUACUCUCGCUCGAGCCGCAAGUUAUCAGCGCCUACACAAGGCUACUGUCCAACGACUACGAAGAAAAGUCCACUUUUAGUUUCAAGGUUGUGGUAUAUUCGCACAAGCGCAUGGCCAAAAUAGCCGACCUGAAUAUGAGGCUGAAGACCAACACCCACGACAACAAACCGCUGCCCUGGCUCAGCCGAGAAUUGAAGCGGGUGGCUGACUUGACCAGCACCGAUGCGGAGCGAAACGCCGCAUACACAGAUGCAAAAUAUAUCGGGAAGAUGGUCAGCAAUCUGGAGUUGGGCACAUGGAAAAGACCCAACGCCACAGAGGAUUUUGGCACCGCUGCGCCCUAG